AUGGAAGAAAAAUCACCAGAUUUUUUUCUAAAACCAAAUGAAAAAUUUCAAAAUAUCAAAACUUAUCAAGAUGUUAUCAGUCUUUUGGAUGCUUUAAAUGAAAGAGAGAUAACUGGAUCAAGGGCUAUUUUUGCAAUUUGCCAUUUUCUGCACAAGGUUUGUAAAGAGCAAGAAAACAAAGAUUUGAUGUUCAAGAUAAUAGACAAAAAUCUUAAAAUAGGAUUGAAUAAAACUAUUCUGAAUAGACUUUUUUUGGAAGAAGAAUUUAUCACGUUUCAAGUUGCAUUACCUCAAGCAAGGAACAUUCAAAAUUUAAAAAAAAUAUUUAAAGAUGAAAUUGAUUGGUACGCAUCAAAGAGUUUGGAUGGUAUAAGAUGUAUAACCAAAAUAUCAUCAAAUGGAAAAUCCGUGAUUUCUUAUUCAAAAAAUGGAAAACCAUUUGAUAAUUUAGGUCAGGUUGAAGAAGCAGUCAAGAAUCUUUAUGAAAAAAAUAAAAAAUAUUUUUCUACUGAUGAAUGGUCUGAUGGAAUAGUAUUAGAUGGUGAACUAUUAGAUAGAUGUAACAUUAACAAUACUAAUAAUGGUGAUGUUGGGGAUGCUGAUGAAUUACAAUUUAAAGAUGUGAAAUAUUUCAUUUUUGAUUGUUUGACUAAAAAAGAAUUUUUAGAUAGGAAAGGUUAUAGAUCUUUUGGGGAAAGAUAUGAAUUUACAAAGAAACUAUUUUGCAAAGCAAAGAAAAAUAAAGAAUUUGAAAAAAUUAGUUUAGUUGAUCAACAUAAAAUCAAGAAUGAAAAUGUAUUAGAGAAAUUUAUAGAAGAGGGGAUUAAUGAAGGUUGCGAAAGCAUUAUUCUUCGUAAAGAUAUAGGUUAUGAAGGUAGAAGGAGUAAUUCAUAUCUUAGAUUCAAACCAUCUCGAGAAAUUGAAGCGAUAGUAGAAGAUGUGAAACUCGGUAAAAUGGUAAUUCCAAUUGAAAAUAACAGGUCAGAAGAUGGAGUAACGUUUUCUAGUGUUAUAGUCAAUUAUAGAGAUAAUCUUACAAGUGUAAAUUUAGGUUUUACUAAUAAACAAAGAAUUUAUUACAAAGAGAAUCCUGGUUCGAUUAAAGGGAAAAAAGUGACAAUAAAAUAUUUUGAAGACUCAAAUAAAAAAAACAAAACCUUGAGAUUCCCAAGCGCUGCUAUCGCUAAUAUACUUUUUCGCUCAAAAUAUGAAGAUAUGAUUCGUGGAAAACUUGUUAUUUGCGAUAACUCGAAAACUUCCUUAUCGUUAAGCCAUCAAAAAGUAUGUUUUGAAUUCCUUAUAAUCUCAUUACAACAAUAA